UCCAUUCCCUAUUUUAAACAAAAGUAAGAAUAGCAUAAGUAUAACAUUGUGAGCAACAUAUGAACCAUAGAAACAAUGCAUUUCACUAGUAAAGUGACCCAUAACCACUGCACAACUUGAAAAUACUUUAAUGCCUUGGUGACUCAUUAUGACGUCAUAUAAAGACGGAUGUUACUAUGAAUAAAUAUUGUGGCUGUUUCAGUGGUUUCCUAACAGGCAAAAGGAGCAAGCGUCAUACAUACCAUACACACAAGUGUGAGCUGGAAACUACAUGCAUCCUGCGUUUGCCGAAACCUCAGAAUGGUGUUCAGAGAUUUGGAGACAGGAAGACAGGACUCCAUGGCAACGACAUGAGGAUGGAGAAAUCCUUCGUCCGUUAGAUCAUAACUUCGACCUAUGGAGCCGGACAGGACGGUGAGGGUCAGGGGUCUGCCCACCGACAUCGGGGACGACAGGAUAAAAGACAAACUCUUUAUUCACUUCCUGAGAUCGAGGAAUGGAGGAGGGGAAAUCGACCACGUUAGCCUUGACAAGAAGGAGCCUGGCUCUGCCCUCAUCACCUUUGAAGACAGCCUUGUGGCGCGAAGGAUCACCCAGCUUCACUGGCACCACCUGGAUGUGGACGGGAGGAAGUUCGAACUCACUGUGAGCGAGCACUGUGGGAGACUGGACCCGGAUCAGGUUAUCCUAAACGUAUCUGCUACAGUAGACUUCAGUCAACUUCCUGGGGGGAAAGCAGUGUUGACAAGUCUUCAUCAGAAGUACCCAGAUGUUCAGACCAUAUAUGAUCCUUUAACAACGACGUGCAUCGUGUGCGGGGCUUACUCCAAAGUCCAGUUGGUCUUGAGCCAUUUGCUCAGUUUGUCACACAGCAACUCGAGUCAAACAAGGCAAAAGGCAGAGUUCCCCAAACCACAAGAGCAUUCAUUUAAAGAGCACACAGAAAAAAGAAGAAGAGAGCACAACAGCAGAACCUCUGAUGAAAGAGACAAAAGUACCCAGUCAGAUGUGGUGGCUCAGAAGGCAGCAGGAGGACUGUCCAGUCUGGUGGAGGACUACUCGCUCAUUGUCGACUCAGACAUCUUCCAGUACCUGCAGAAACGUUGUCAGGACAGGUAUCACCAAAUCCUGUCUCAGUAUGGCGUGGAGGUGGUGGACGUGUCCAAUCAGGGGUUGACCACUCUGUUCCUCCACAUCGCUGUCCCCGAUCAAGGUCAGGAGAAGGACCGCAUACAGAUGGCGCAGGACGCAGUUAGCGAGCUGUACCAGGAGAACGAGAGUAAAAUUCGCAAGGAUCAGCUCUGUAAGAGCAUCCUGUCACCCAAAGGAGGGCUGAAGAAAGCACUAAAGAAUAUCAGCAUGAAAUUCCCCAGAAUUCUUCUGAAUGAAGAUGAUGUGAACGUCUACAUUAUUGGGAAUCGUAGCGACGUAUGCGAUGCCAAGCAGAUUCUCCUCCUGGAUCAAGGGGAAGAUGGCGCUUUUCUCCCUGAUGUAAACACGGAGUCCAGUACGCCGAACAUGGUCGACACUGACCUUCUGAGGCUGUCAUCUCCUACUGCCAAAUCUUUGAACGAUAGAAAAGGUCAGUCUGGAGAAGACGAAAGAAGAACCGAUUCAAAGUACAAGCUUGCCUCUCGGUUUAGGGAUUCUGGACUGUCCACUUUAAGCAGUCUUCCGGUUGAAUGUUCUUUUCUCGGUAGGCAACAGACUUCAAGUACUCCUAAAGGUACAAAAGCCAUUCCUGUCAAUGAUUCCGGUGAGUUCCGCCCUACUGUGAAGCGUACAAGCAGUUUCUCAGGUAUUUCUCAGCGGAAAUCUAAAGUUCCAGCGAUUCAAGAUGAUUCUGCUUUGCUUGUUGCCAAAAGCAAAGUUCAAAUGUCCAGUUUAAGUGGACAAAAGGACGCCCUUAGGAGAGAAGCUUAUCACGAAGAAAUAGAAAUCCCAACUGUUCUGUGGGAAUACAUAAAAGAGGCCUAUCAUUCCGAGGUGGAUGACAUGACUUUUGAAGUGCAAGUGAAAGAGAGCAUUUCCCAAAAUGGCAGCGACGCUAACCUGAUCAUCAAAGGGGCGAGUGAGGCCAAAGUCAUCCUCUGUCAUUCAGCUUUACAAACACUGAUCGACAACGUCCGUCCUGACUUCAGCCAUUUGGAGAUCCACUUAUCAGAGCUGGGGAUUUCUGACCCCGCUGAUGAGACUUUAUACGCCUGCUGCGAAGAGGUGCGAAGACACUUUGCGAAGGUCAUCGUCCGGAUACUGAAGAAAAGCUUGCUUCUACUGGGACCAAAGAAGCUGUGCUCGCAGGUCGGUGCUUCGUUGCAGGAGGUCUUUCGAGGAUGUUGCUCCAAAGCUGGUGAAGACUUUUUAAGCUCUGGCUUCAAUGGGAAAAGGAUGGUGACCGACCUAGACGGCUCACCGUCUACCACUCACCUAAGGUCUGCCAGUGGUGGCAUGCAGCCUCAUUUUGGUUCCGAAAUGCAAUUCUCAGUGAGAAAGGAUCCCGUCAAAGAAAAAGUUACAAGUUUUGGAACAUCAGAGCAGAGGAUAUUUAUCCAACCAUACCCUCCAACCACUGAAGUUACAAAUGAAUUCAAAGGUUCCAAAUUAAACAGAGACGCAAGAUCCCCCAAAGUAGAGGGAACCUCACCACUGGCUGAAGAGGGAGGCCAUAACCUGCAAGGGAAUUUUGACUCCAGCUUAGCUCAGGGAGACCAAGUGCAUAUCUGCGUGUGUGGAAAGACUGAGACGCCCAUGACUCGAACCGAUUGUGGGACGACCAUGUGCUCCCGGUGCCUAGAAACUGUGCAUGUCUACUGCAGAGUUUGUCAGGACACUGAGAGGAGCACACAGCAAGGCAUCCGGGGCAAAAUGAGCCACUGCAAACUGAACGUCAGCAUCCCUGGCUCCCAAGACUCGGCCAUCAAGAUCACAUACUUAAUUCCUAACGGCAUCCAAGGGGAUUCCCAUCCGUCCCCUGGAAGGCCAUUUCGGGGAGGUGUCUUUGAAGCUUUCCUUCCCGACUGCAGCAAGACCAGGAAGCUGCUGCCGAGGCUGGAAGAAGCCUUCAAGCUGGGGUUCACCUUCACGGUGACCAACAAAGACAUGGGCGCGAAGGUGAUGUGGGCCUCCAUCCCUCACAAGACAAGCCUACAAGGAGGCAAAUCGGGGAAGGGUUACCCUGAUUCCAGCUACUUGAACCGCUUGUCCACAGUCUUGACAUCCCUUGGGAUCAAGGAGUAACCGAGUUGUACCAAUAAAAAUACAGGUGACAGUUCGUCUUUUCAUCCUGACCACUUGAUUCAAAGGUGAUAUGACCUUCAUUGCUUCAUUUUGAGAAGUCUUAUUUCGACCAUCCUUAAGAUGUUGUUCAGCUGUUGUUGCGUGGUCAAUUUCUGUGUAUGAGACAAACUGUGUUUUAUGGACCAGUCACAUAUGCAUGUUGUUCAUUGAUGUUAAACGUUACGCUCCAUACCCAAAUACAUGGCUUUCUGCCGAAAGCGAUUUGGAGCUUUUCAGGAAUUGAGCGCAGACAUUUGAAGUGCAGACAUUUAAAGGCUCUUAAUAACAUUCAGUGGGUGUCAUGAAGCAUCAUUUCAUAGAUGACCUGCAUGUGGUUCAAGUGACCAAAUCAGAGGAUCACAGUUCAAUAUAUGUUUAAAGUAGUCAGCACUGUUCUUUUUCAUAUUACAACAGAGAUACUUUGAUACUUUGAAGGAAUUUGUGUUACAAAGUUUGAGACUGUGUAUGGAUAUACAUAAAAGUAUUACAAUUGAAGAAAAAAAAAAAAAACAACACGUGUUUUUUUUUGUUAUGCGUUUUUUAUUAGUCCUGGAAAACAUGUAAGGCAUAUGGUAACAUUACACACUGAAGCGUUACAAGCUCUUGAGGCCAUGUGGACAACAUGGCACCACGCAGUAAACCCAGAGUCAAGCACAGAAGCAGCAUCAAUUCAAAGGGUUUAAAAAACAAAGUCGUGAUGGACGCUGGCACAACCGGAAGAGGACUGAGCGAGAUGUGCCGUGGACAAGCUAGUUGUAGAAAAAACGGCCAGCUGCGACUGAACUUGUAACAAGAAGUGAGUGGCAGGGUAACUUGGCAUUCCCAGAGAUAAUGAUGGAAGUCACUUCUGUCAAUUCUGAAGGAGAACCAGGACGGUUGUCGGACAUAGCUGGUGACGAAAGCUUCGCUGUGGUGGACUUAACAUGCAUCCUGGUACUCGACAAGCAGGUUCUUAGCAUCACUGCAAUACUGUGGUGAAGUGGCGACAGUGUUUUCAAACGCCAGGAAUCAGCCCUCUCGUCUCGGAGAUGUUCUGUAUUUCCCCUCUGAAUUCAGCUACACAAAGACCUCUCGGAAUGACCUGAGAAAACAUGGCGGACGGAGGACACUAGCAGAGUUGGAAAUGUUCAAUAGGCUGAUCGGAUUUGAGUGAAAGGACAGGGCACUUAAAUCAAAUCCAGUUGUCUCGCCCUCAUGUGGAUGAACGCAGGGCUUUGAACUAUCAGUGCUCCAGCAGAAACUAAUCCUGAAUUCUUUCAACACUUGUAUUCCUGUGCAACUGUGAGUCGAUAAGUGCUCUUGCAUAACCAUUUGAGGAUUACAAAUGUUGGGGGUGGGUUGGCUCAAAGCGAAACACGUGGUAUCAAACUGAACACGCCCAUCGCCGACUGAGGCGCUAAAUGAAAGCGCUCAGCUAAGCAGUUUCGACUCCAGAUGUCUUGGAAGUGUUUCAACUGCGGCUAUGGCAGCUCACUUCAUGAACCCGCAGGAAAACUGGGGAUCAGAUGUGAAGUGGAAAUGUUACCGUGUUGUUGCAAAAAUGACAAGCUAUUGUUAACGUCGUCUUAUUUGGAUCGUGUGAUUUCGUGGUCAGGCUUGUAAACGUGCGCAGGGAAUCAAACCCGCAGCUGUUGUGCAAGAAAAGGCAGAAAACGUAUUUAACGUUACAGGUUUUAGAAUAGUACGAGCUUUCUUCGAGAACGGACGACACGAGCAUCCGAAGUUUAGGUUCAAAGCUUCGACAGAGGAGUUACAAACAGCAUUUGGCACACACGGUUUGGACUAGCAGGUUUAUCACAUUUGAAAGGAUGUUGGAAGGUCUUUGCACUUUUAAACCCUUGGAUAACAGAACAAACAAACGGAAAAAUUGAAUAAAAAAAAUGAACAAAAAAAAAAACAUAGUAAGUAAAACAUAGAUAUUUUUUUCUUUUAAGAAGCGUUUGUUUCUCACAUGGCACUCAGAGCAGAAGCACCGUCCACAGGUUCACAAAGGGAGCCCAGCAGAUUAGAACAGAACACUAACCAGAGGCUGACAGGACACAGUCACUCCCCACACCAGCGUGACCGUCGCACUCCAGUCCGCAGUUUAACUUCCACACUACGUGAAUGAUUUCUAGCUGCCACCCAGGAGAAGUUGGUCGGGCCAGGAUUGGCACGCUAAAAAAAUGAGUGGGAAGCGUUCCUUUUUUUUUUGGAGAUAUGUGUGUGUGUGCUAGCUAGUGACCAGGGGCUGAAAAUGUGGAGCCGGACUGGACUGCAGUGCCACGGUCAAGCCUGUAAGUGCAUUAAAAUCAGCGAGCAGAGUGCAAAAAUACUAAUACCGACAGUCCUCAUAACACAGGCCUC